UGGAUGUCUAAUUCAGUCGCGAGCGUCAGAGAGACGGUUGAGCUCCACAGCCCACCUCAUCUGAAACAUCAACCUUUCAUUCAGGGAAACAUAUUGAUUGAAAAAUCAAACAGAAGAACUUGUACUUGUUUAUUUUUUAUCAAUGUAUAGAUAUAACUAUACCAUUUCUAAAGAUCUAUAUUUAACUGAUGGUGAUGUAUCCUGACUUGCACGACGUAUUAUUGGAGACGGUGAAUGCGCUGCCUGGACAUUGGUUGUCAAACCUAAGGACAGCUUGGUCUUUCUCCAAAAUCUAGCAUUGCCAUGUGUUAAAUGGAUUCCAUCAGCUUAAUCAAUGGCUCCUCUGGGAGCAAAGACCUGGCCAUUGGGGAGGAUUCAUCUGACAUGUCUCUGAAUCAUCCUUUGCUAGAGCUGGGAGACAGCACUAAGCUUCUCGGGGUCCAGGUGGUUCUGAUCUUGGCGUAUUCUACCAUCAUCCUUUUGGGCGUUGUGGGUAACUCCCUGGUGAUUUAUGUGGUUUACAAAUUUAAGACACUUCGUACCGUCACCAACUUCUUCAUUGCAAACCUGGCCGUGGCCGAUCUACUCGUCAACACGUUGUGUCUCCCGUUCACGCUGGCUUACACUCUCCUCAGGGAAUGGAAGUUUGGACAAGUGCUUUGUUUCACUCUGCCGUACGCUCAAGGUCUCGCUGUCCAUGUCUCUACAAUUACAUUAAAUGUAAUUGCACUGGACCGGCAUAGAUGCAUCGUUUACCACCUAGACACUCGAAUGUCAAAGGACACCUGCUUUCUGGUCAUUGCCAUCACCUGGAUAGUAAGUGCCGUCUUGGCGAGCCCACUGGCCAUAUUCAGAGAGUAUGGGAUUGUAGAUCUUUCUCCAGAUGACUCCAUUGAGGUUUGUGGAGAGAAAUGGCCUGACAGUAGUACAGACAGCACUCUAUACUCAAUCUCCACGCUGCUGCUGCAAUAUAUAUUGCCUCUGGCUAUCAUCUCUUUUGCCUACAUCCGUAUCUGGAGUAAACUCCGCAAUCAUGUCAGCCCAGUUGGUCGCAGCGACAGGCACCAGCGCCGCCGCAAGACCACCAAGAUGCUGGUAACCAUGGUUGUGGUGUUUGCAGUCAGCUGGUUGCCUUUUCACGCCUUCCAACUCGCCAUUGACAUUGACCACAGCGUGUUGGACAUGAAGGACUUCCGGCUUCUUUACACAGUUUUCCACAUUGUGGCCAUGUGCUCUACGUUCGCCAACCCACUGGUGUAUGGUUGGAUGAACCGCAACUACCGCAGCGCCUUUGUUGCGGUCUUCCGUUGCAAGGAACGGCUUGAUUCGUUGCACAUCGAAGGCCAGGCUGCCCCAGCGGUUCGCAGCAAACCAAAAAAGGCUUUGGAAGCUCAAGAUAUGGUGACCACACAUCUCAACGCAACAGAUGUCUGAGGUGAGGAUACUGAAAGGAUUCCUGAUGUGAACUCAACAACACUGUCGAGGAUUCAUAGUGGUGGAUUCAUUGCAUCUCCCUGGUGAUUUAUGUGGUCUCCAAAUUUAAGAAGCUUCAUACC